AUGUCUCAGCAAGGUCGAUGUGCGAUUUGCUUCCUGGUCAGCCACCUGGCGAACUGCGAUGUCAGUGGUGCUAACCACCCCCCGCACCCUGACGAGUUCGCUGCUCCCGGACGGAGUCCCCGUGAUACCGAGGGGGUGUAUAGCGCGGACUAUUGGAGCAGCGUCUGUCCUGACGCCGAUAGCGAGGACUCGGUGAUGGGUGGUGUAGAUGGUACUGACGAGCAGGCAACCCCCAUGCGCGAUCGCGAGGACGACACCUUUAUGAGCGACUCAGACGAUGAAGCCGUUUCUGAGGAGCAAGGAGGUGUCUUUUACCGGUUUGAUGUCAUGGAAAUCGAUGAUGGCAGCUGGGAGGUGUUCUGCAGUGCUUGCCAGGCGCUCCCGGAUGACUCGAUGCUUAUUGACGAUGGGAGUGACCAGCUUCGUAAGAGUGAGCUUUUAAGGAGAUUCAGUGUCGGGAUGCAGUCUGCUGUUGCGAUUUGA